AUGGCAGCAUCUAUUGAUUUGUUAUUUGCAUUAAUUGUAAGUCGCUUAAUAAGAAUUUAUACAUGGAGGAAAUAUAAUGCUUACAUCGAAAUAGAAUGGUUUGCAUAUAACAGGUCACCUGCUUAUGAUGUUCUUAAUGACAUUUUAACAACUUUAACAAAUAAUGGACCUAAUUCAGAUCAAUCAAGUUAUUCAAAUUCACCAACUGAUAGAGAGAUUACUGUGGAUGAUUGCAAUGAUCAAAAUGAAAAUGAUUUUGGAAAUUCAUUUCUUUGCAAAUUGUUACCAAUUCAGAUAGAUUGUGAACGUGGUGCUUUUAUAAUUGGCAAUCCAAAAACACCUUCUCUUCUGGUUGCUGAUUUUUCACAAUCAAGUGGUAUAUAUGAUGCUUUUGGAGAACCAAAAAUACAUUUGGAAACUAAUUUAGAUUAUAAAGAAACAAAUUUAGACACAGGUGCUCGUAUGGAAGAAGAAAAUAUAAUAAAUGUAUCUUCUGACAGAGGAAGUGUUUGGUCACCUUUGAAAAAUAAGGUCUUUAAACAUUUGCCAUUCUUAAAAGAUUCUAGUUUAGAAGAUAUUACUGAAUGGCAUGGACUUCCUAGAUAUCCUUUAUUAUUAUUGGCUU